GUUGCAGUCACCAUGGAAACAAACAAACAGAAGCAAAAUCUCAGUAACCUGGAAACAAAAAAUGAACUACUGACUUUGGAGAAGAGAGAUUUACAAAUCCAAACUGAAGAUCUGAGGAUGAACAUGACAAAUCUGGAGAAUCAGACUAAAGAUCUUAGGAGGAAUAUGGCAAAUCUAGAAAAUCAGACUGAGCAUCUGACUGCUGACAAGAUGUUCUUUGAGAACCAAACCAAGGAGAUGAAAGUUAACAUGACAAUCCAACAAACGCAGAUCGAGCAGCUGAGAAACAACAGUGACAAACUCAACAGGAUGAAGGCAGCAAUCUUCAAAUAUUCCACUUUUCCAGUAGAUUCCUUCUGCCCUGAUGGAGUUUGUCAGAUGUGUCCCAAAGACUGGAUUCAGUUUAAUGAAAGCUGCUAUUUUUUUUAUAACUCAAACUCUCUAUGGAAAACUUGGGAUGAAAGUCGACAGCUUUGUCAGAUCAAGAAUUCAGACCUGGUGGUUAUCAGCAGUCAGGAGGAACAGACAUUCAUCAAAAGCAGAAUAGAACACUACUAUGACACCUGGCACGGAUACUGGAUUGGUUUACGAAGAAUUAACAACAACUGGAUCUGGGUGGACGACAGUCAAGACACACUUGGGUACUGGAACAACCCAGGGAGCUCAGAUGAUUUUACACUUAUAAGGAAAGAUUUAGCUGAGAAUCAGAGCUGGUCCAGAAUCCAAGAUAGCGGUAUGCACAGAUACAUCUGUGAGAUUAAAGCUUUCAUUUUCUAAAUUGUUAAACUGAACU